CUUUUGGCAGACAUGCUUCUGGAUCGUGCCUAUGUCAUGGUGACCUUGAGAUUUGCGAGUGAUGUCAACAACCUGAUUGUAUCCAUGAACCUCCUGAGGGAUACAAGUAAAGUGAUUCAAGUUGAUGCGUUUCACAUCUUCAAGGUGAUUGUGGCCAACCCGAAGCAGCCACAAGAUGUUCAGCUGAUCCUUCUUAAGAACAAAGAUAAGCUGCUUCGUUUCCUGCCAGCCCUGACACUUGAGAAAGGAACAGAAGCAG